AUGACCACAAGCAACUCCAGCCUUGACCGCCAACUCCGUCAGGCUUUAUGUGAUCAUCCAAGCAAACAUGCCUAUCGUUAUACCAAAAUUGCAGAGAAUGCCCUGCUUGAAGGUCUCUUCCGCUCAUUGACCAACGAUAGGGACGACUAUCUCCACCACCUCUUCCCUCAUGGAUUUCCCGACUCUUACAAAUUGCAAGAUGCUCAAGGAUUACAAGAGAAUGCGGAGUAUACGGCCGAUGCACGAGGUCAUCCCUGUGGUCAUAUCUUCAAGGCCGGUGAGGCUAGCUACCAUUGCAGCACUUGCACAGACGACACGACGGCUGUGCUAUGUUCUCGUUGUUUCGUGUCCAGUGACCACGAAGAUCAUCAGUACACGAUUGGUAUAAGUGCAGGGAAUAGCGGAUGCUGUGACUGUGGCGACGAUGAAGCCUGGAAAAGACCCGUCAAGUGUGCCAUUCAUACUGCUGGCGAUGAUUGGGCAACCACAGAUGAAGACGUUUCUCACUUGUCACCAGACCUACAGGAGGCUAUUCGCACCACUAUCAGUACCGUAUUCGAUUACUUCUGCGAUGUCAUCUCAUGUGCACCGGAAAACCUGCGCAUGCCCAAGACAGUCGAUUCAGUCACCCAAGACGAACUCCGAAGCCGUCUAUUGCCUGAGCAUUACGUCUCUGGUGAUGAAGUAGAGUCAAAUCCUGAAUUCUGUUUGAUUAUCUGGAACGACGAGAAACAUACUGUUCGUGAGGUCCAAUCACAGGUAACUCGGGCUUGUCGUGCUCGUGAGAGAUUCGGUCUCGAAAAGGCUGAAGAAGCAAAUGACAUUGGCCGCUCCGUCAUCCGGCAUUCUCGAAAUGUCAAAGAACUCACAAGUAUGGCCAAGAUAAUCGAGGAAAUUAAAGUCACCGUCACCAUCCGAUCUUCUCGAGACACUUUUCGCGAACAGAUGUGUGGCACCAUUAUUGAUUGGCUAGCCGAUAUUGGAGGUUGUAGCAUCGCUGGCGAUGGUCAUAUCCUGCGUCGGACCAUAUGCGAAGAGAUGCUACAACUUUGGCACAUUGGAAGUCAAGCUUGGAAUGCACAAGUUGGCAGAGACGACCUAGACGACCACGGCCACGAGGAUGAUCGAGAAUUCCGGCGGAGGCAUCGCCUGAGAUUUUUCGAUCCCAUCCAGUUCGCCAUGCAGCGAGCCCUUGCUGCGGAGGCCCUCGAUGAUGACGCUCUGAGCGACAUUGACAACGACGCAGCCGAGAUCGACGAUGACGAUGACGAUGACGAGUUAGGAGAUGAAGAGGGCGACCAAGAAAUGAACGAUUUCCAAGCCGCUGUCUUUGCAGAUGCAGAUGGUGUCCAUGUCCUGGUCCAGCAGUCGGCUGAUCAAGAUGUUACUGAUGAUGCGGAAGAAAUGGAUACCGACGGCGAUGUCGAUGCCGAUUUUCUCGAUGUUGCCGAGCGAAUGGACACUGACGACAGGGUGUCUCCGCCACCGCCUCCACUCCCUCCGCUGCCAACGACAACUCCCAACAUAAUAGGCCCUGAUGAGAGCGCGAAUUAUCUAAACAUCCCCCGCACACCAGCUGCCAGUGCACGUACGACCGGUAUUCAUACAGCACCACCAAAUCACUGGCUAGUAUUGCCACCAAACCAGCAGAGUCCAAGCCACAAGCACCCUGUAUACGAAGACUUAUCAAAGAACAUAAGAGUCGACUCCAUGAUCCUGUUUGACCUUCGGCUGUGGAAACUUGCAAGAACGAAUUUACGAGACCUGUUCAUAAGCACCUUGGUCAACAUUCCACAAUUCAAGCGUAUCCUCGGCCUCCGCUUCUCUGGACUUUACACAACCCUAGCACAGCUAUAUCUUGUCGCCGACCGGGAACCUGAUCACUCCAUCAUCAACCUGUCGCUUCAACUUCUCACUACGCCUUCAAUCACCGAAGAAGUAAUAGUUCGAGGGAAUUUCUUGACAAAUUUGAUGGCCAUACUCUAUACGUUUCUGACUACGAGGCAGGUUGGCUUUCCCAAAGAUCUCGAUCCAGGAGCCACACUUGGCUUUGAUGCCGGGUCGGUUGCCAAUCGACGUCUCUAUCAUUUCUUCUCUGAUCUCCGGUAUUUCCUUGCUUCCAGCUUUGUUCAAUCCAAAGCACGAACCGAGCCACAAUACCUAUUUCAAUUUCUAGACCUAGCCAAAUUGUCACAGGGCAUCUGUCCGAACGUCAGGGCCGUAGGUGAACAUGUCGAAUAUGAGACCGACGCAUGGAUAAGUGCCUCUUUACUAACUCGAGACAUCAACAAGCUCUGCAGGCAAUUUGCUGAGGCGUACCAUGUAUCAAAAGACAGUAGUCCUUCAGCUGUGCAGGCUACAUGUGAGGCUAUCUCGCAUGCUGCUGGGAUCGCCAUCAUCAACUCUGCAGGACUUGAGCGCAAACGCUUUGAUCAAGCUGAAAUCAAAGAAUCAGUGCGUUUCCACACGAUCGGUCCAUUUGGCGAUGCACCCACAGGUUCUGGCUUCUCUGUGGUGGAUUUCGCUCCAGAGAAAGGUUCCUUGAGUUUUCAUCAUCCUUUGCACUACACGCUGUCUUGGCUUCUUGAGUGCGGAAAACAUACACGAGAAUCAAUCUCAGCUUUGAGAGACGCUGCACAAACCUUUCUCACACAUCUACAUGAAAGUCAACUCUCGGCUAGGGACAUGGGUAUCAAACAAAACCUGAACUCAGUCGAUGAUGCACUCCUGGCCAUGUUCGAUUUUCCAUUGCGUGUAUGUGCCUGGCUCGCGCAGAUGAGAGCCAAUUUGUGGGUACGCAAUGGAAUGAGUCUGCGACAUCAGAUGGUCCAAUACAAAAGUGUCGCUCAUCGAGACGUUGGACAUCACCGAGAUUUGUUCCUUCUCCAGGCAGCUUUGGUAACAUGCGAUCCCGCUCGUGUUCUAGCCUCGAUGAUAGAUCGUUUCGGCCUCACCUCCUGGAUGCGUGCUGGAUUUCCUGCCCUCGAAAUCUGCGAAGACAGCCAGAUGUUGGAUUUAGCUGAAGAUUUCGUUUAUCUAUUGAUCAACCUGCUCUCAGACCGCGAUGCACUAAUUUCAGAUCGAGAUGAUGUUGAGUCCCAGUUGUUGGCUGUCCGGAAAGAUAUCGCACAUACUCUAUGCUUCAAACCGCUGUCGUAUUCUGACCUAUGUGCUCGUCUUACGGAGAAAGCGCAAGAUCACGAAAAAUUACAUGAUGUCCUGGAGCAGAUGACAAAAUACAAGCCCCCGGAAGGGCUUCACGAUUCGGGUCUUUUCGAGCUGAAGGAAGAGUACUUGCAGGAGCUCGAUCCUUACAAUUCUCACUUCACCAAAAACCAGCGGGAUGAGGCCGAAAAUAUUUACAAGAAGUGGAGAUCCAAGAAGUCGAACAAAUCACCCGACGACAUCGUACUGGAACCGAAAUUACAUCCAAUUCGCUGCGAAGCCUACGCGGGUCUUUGUAACGUUGUAGGCACAACUCUCUUUGCCGAGAUCAUUCACAAGAUUCUAAUUUAUGUUGCUCAUGACCACAAACAAAAGACUGGUGUCUCACCUACGCGAGUGGAGGCAUUUCUCCAUAUCGUUCUGCAGCUCACUUUGAUUGCUACUCUGGAAGAUGGGCCGCCAACUGAGGACGAUGAGUCCAGCCUCUCAUUCGUUGGUAAUGCCGUUAACCUGAAAUUGCCGACCACCAGUGGCGCGGAUUCGACAAUUGUCGUCGUGUUGCACGAAAUCUGGCAGAUGGACGAGUACAGUUCUUGCAGAAGCAAGAUCAGGCAUAUUGUGCGGCUUCUCGGACAAAAGCGGCCACAUCAAUUUAUUGAAGCCACCACGCAUUUAGAUUUCCCGUCUGGCAGGUUUGACACAGCUUCGCCAGCCAUUCUUGAAAGUGAAUUGGAAGCAAAGAAAAAACAAGCCAUGGAAAGAAAUUCACGUGUUAUGGCACAAUUUGAACAACAACGGCAAAGUUUUAUGGACAAACAAGGCGUGCUGGAUUGGGGAGACGAUGAUCUGGAUUCUCCUGAGGAUGAACUUCCCAAAUCAACAGAGACUCGUCAUUGGAAGUAUCCAUCCGGUCUCUGCAUCCAGUGCCGUGAGGACACUUCGGAUAAUCGUCUCUAUGGCACCUUUGCUAUGAUUAGUGAUGCACACAUUCUCCGACAAACAGAUGAAACCGAUGAGGACUUCGUGGGCGAAGUACUUUCGGUCCCGGAUAGUCUUGAUCGUUCUAUUGAAAACGUACGGCCCUUUGGUGUUUCUGGUGCAAACCACGUCAAAAUCAAACGCUUGACGGCGAAUGGUCAGGAAGAGACCGUUGACCACCAGGAGCUAGGCAAGGGCUGGCCCAAGGGUCAUACUCUUCAUGGACCAACCUCAACCAGUUGUGGCCAUAUCAUGCAUUUCACCUGCUUUGAAAAUUACUUUCAAUCGGUUACCAGGAGACAUUCUCAGCAGGUGGCAAGAAAUCAUCCGGAAAGAACUGUGAUGAAAGAAUUUGUUUGUCCUUUGUGUAAAGCUCUUGCCAAUACGUUCUUACCGAUUGUCUGGAAGCAUUCACAGCAGUCAUAUCCUGGAUCUCUGGCUGUAUCACAUGACUUCGAAUCAUUCAUAGGAGAACGCUUAGAUGAAUUCGUCAGGCCCAAAACAGAGAUAGACGACAAAGCCUUUCGGGAGGCUCUACUUGAAAUGCAGGCAACAUCUCUGACAUCUUUGUCAAAUGGCUUAUUGGCAGACAUGUUGGGCCAAUUGCAAGCAGGAGAUCUGACCCUGAGUGCUGCUGGCUCUGCAUACUCGGAACUGACCCAUAUCUACGGUCGUCUUCGGGAUUCUCUAGUUAUUGUGUCGCGUACACAGCCCCCUUCAGAAGGAUCAACAUUGAGAAAGCAAGCACCGUUUGAGCUAUUAGUUGAUACGUUCGCAAAUACGGUCGCUUCCAUUGAAAUCGGUCAUCGUGGCCGCGAAGCAGAGUUCGGCACAUCUCUGCUGACCAGUAUCCCUCAGCAAACAUUGAGUCAUCUCCAGAUACUUUCCUCAAAUUUGCGAGUAUACUCAGCUGUAGGCAUACCAAGUGUCCGAGGUCAGCCAGUGGAAGAUGAAAAGAAAGAAUUCUGUGGACGACUAGAACACCAGCUGGCGGGGACAGCACGCAGACUUGGCGUUCCGUCCAUCCUUACCAUGGAUGCCUUUCAGUUUCUUGUUCAGGCCACCAUGAUCCUGGGCCCAAUCCGUCAACUGGAGCUACGCCACGUUCUACAGUGCUCCUUGAUUAUCGAGCUUUUGCGAGUUGUCCUGACAUUCACGUUGAACCCCACCGCUCUGGGGAAAGCCAGUGAGAGAUUAAACUUGAACAACGGCAGGAAUCUAUCCCAGAAUGUGGGGCCGACAGAGAUUCAUGCUAUCAAAAGUUUGGCACUAUGGCUGGCUAAUUCACUACGGGAACACGAUGCCUCUAUGUCGCAAACGACUUUCCAGGACUUCCAGGAAGCCGUGUCCAGUAUGAAUUCUGACCAUGCCAGUGACCUGUACAAGCUCUGCAAAAGCUACAGUCUUGUCUUCCUACGCAAGUGUGCAAUUUCCUUCCAUGUUGCACACGGUAUCGAUUUUCCAAAUACUGCGGGCUCCGAGGCUGGCCUCCCGGAACUCGAUCGUCUUGUGCAUUUGUUUCAAUUACCAAGCAUUACAGAAAUAUUGACCUCAUUUGACGAGUAUUCGGGCAACACCGUCAUUAGAGCACGUGCCUCGUUAUGGCUGGCGGAUUCAAAACAUUCCAUGACUGGUGUGCCACUUCCAAAAGGCAACAGGCUAGGCAUCAAACUAUUGCAUCCGGCGCCACUCGAGCUGAUUGGGCUUCCAAAGUUUUUCGAUGUCCUCAUGGAAGAGUCUCACAAUUGGAAAUGCCCUACGACUGGGAAGGAAGUAUCUGAUCCGGCACUCUGUCUUUUUUGUGGCGAAAUCUUUUGCUCUCAAACAGUAUGCUGUCUUACAAAAGAGAUGCGUGGAGGUUGCAAUGCCCACGUUGAGAAGUGCUCAAGUCCGAUCGGGAUGUUUCUUUUCGUUCGCAAAUGUCAUGUUGCACUUUUACAUGUUGUCAAGGAUCCCCGAGCCGCUGAACAAGACCGUGACAGGGCGAAUCGUGGUCUUCACACACCAACGACAACAUCACUCACUCUCAGUCAUGGCUCAUUCUUCCCCGCGCCAUACCUGACGAAACAUGGGGAAACCGAUUCUGGGCUUAGAUCAAAACACCAAUUGAUGUUGAACCAAAAGCGAUACGAUAAACUCUUGAGAGAUACUUGGUUGAUGAUAAAUGGAAGCGUUUGGAGUACCAUUGCAAGGAAAUUGGAAAGCGAGGUCAACGCAGGUGGAUGGGAGACAUUAUAA